GCGAGUGCGCCACCACACCUACCAGAUCUCCGCCUCGCCGGCUGGCCACCCACAUCCCCACCGCAUCCAUCCACCACCAUGAGGACCGCCGGCGCGGGCGCGGUAGCCGCCGUGACGCGCGUGGCGCAGCGGGUGGUGGCCCCGUCGGCGCCCACGCCCGGCGGCGAGCUCCCGCUGUCCUGGCUCGACCGCUACCCCACGCAGCGCGCCCUCAUCGAGUCCCUUCACGUCUUCAAGGGCCGCGCCGCCGGCGACUACGCCGGGGAGUCCCCGGUGGAGGCCAUCGAGCGCGCCCUGGCUGCCGCGCUCGUGAGCUACUACCCCAUCGCCGGCCGCCUCGCGGCGAACGACGCCGGCGAGCUCGUCGUUGACUGUACCGGCGAGGGCGUGUGGUUCGUGGAGGCCACGGCCUGCUGCACCCUGGAGGAGGUGGACUACCUCGAGUACCCGCUCAUGGUUCCCAAGGACGAGCUCCUGCCGCACCCCACCUACCCCGCCGACGACCCCCUCGCCGAGGACUCCCUAAUCCUUCUCGUCCAGGUGACGAAGUUCGAGUGCGGCGGCUUCGUAGUCGGGUUCCGGUUCAGCCACGCCGUGGCGGACGGGCCGGGCGCGGCGCAGUUCAUGUCGGCGAUGGGCGAGAUCGCGCGCGGCCGGUCGGCGCCGUCGCUGGAGCCGGCGUGGGGCCGCGAGGUGAUCCCGAGCCCGCCCGCGGCCUCCGUGGGCCCGCUCCCGAUCCCGACGGAGCUCCGUCUCCAGUACCUGGCCAUGGACAUCUCGACGGAGUACAUCGACCACUUCAAGGCCCGGUUCCUGUCGCAGACGGGCCACCGCUGCAGCGCGUUCGAGGUGCUGAUCGCCAAGGCGUGGCAGGCGCGCACCCGCGCCUUCGCCUUCGCCAGGGGCUCCCCCGUGCACGUCUGCUUCGCCAUGAACGCGCGCCCGGCGCUCCGUGCCCCCGCGCUGCCCCACGGCUUCUACGGCAACUGCUACUACAUCAUGCGCGUCUCGGCGCCCGCGGAGGCCGUCUCCGACGCGCCGCUCAGCGACGUGGUGCGGCUGAUCCGGGAGGGCAAGAAGCGCCUCCCCGCCGAGUUCGCGCGCUGGAGCCGCGGCGAGCUGGACGCCGACCCGUACCGGAUCACCUCCGACUACCGGACGCUGCUCGUCUCCGACUGGUCGCGCCUCGGGUUCGCCGAGGUGGACUACGGCUGGGGCGCGCCCGUGCACGUCGUGCCGCUCACCAACCUCGACUACAUCGCCACCUGCAUCCUCGUCCGCCCCUCCGCGCACAAGCCCGGCGCCCGCCUCAUCACCCAGUGCGUCGCCGCCGACGGCGUCGACGCAUUCCACCGGGACAUGAUGCGCCUCGACGACUGAGCUCGUUGAUCGGGCCGGCCGUCGGUAGCUGCUGCCGGAGCAGAGGAAAACUAUACCGCUGCUGCUACGCCGCGAUACAUACAUACAUAAUACGCGGCCUGUAAUGCAGAGCAGAGCAUCGUUGUAAUGUUUGAUUGAUUCGUUGUAUUCCAUUGAAUUCGUUCGUUUUGCCA